AUGCCCGUCAUUUAAUCUCCAUUGGGAAUCCUGUUACACCAGUCAGUUUGACAUUUUAAUGUCGUCAGCGUCUAACUCUAGCACUGUUGAAAGUGUUAAUGUGAAAGUAUUUUCCAUGCAACAUUAAAGCAGAUUUUGAUGUGUGAUUUAGAGCUUUUAAUAUGUCAAUAAUUUUAAAAUCAAGCAACUGUUGCCAAUUACUCCAGAAGAAUUUACUCCCAUAAGGACCUGGGCAACAUCCAACGGGUAUGGACCAUAUCAGAGCCAUGUCCGUUCCAGAUUCAGCGACUUACCCGUGUUUACUUGCUACAACAUUCAGCCAGAUGUCUUUCGCGAGACCGAAUCGUCUUCAAUUUGGCCAAGGAAAACGUCCAACUCGCCCCAAGAAGGCAGCAGCUCCUAAGAAAGAAUGGGUGACCACAGUCAAUGACCUCACUGUGCACAAAGCUACACCAGAAGAACUGUCUCAGCGCCACGAGAGCCACAAGUCCCACAACCGUGUGGUUGCCCAGUGGGAACUGAGGGAGAAGGCUCUGAGACGUCGGAGGAGAAGAGAACAGCCACCAACACCACCAAGACUGGACAAGUACCGUCUCAACCUCAUUAGAGAGGUGUUCUCAGACCAGUACACACUGCAGGAUGUUCUUGCCAGGUCAGACCGAGCUAUGUCUGUGGUCAAGGACCUGUUUGGCGAUGCUCCACGCAGGCAAACAGGGUUCCCUAGCGUCACUGUGGCACCAGGUGGUGGUAGUGGCCCAGAGUUGCCUGUGUUGCAGAGACCUGAUCCCCCAACCCAGCUGUCCAUCCUCAGCCAGUCUAUGAUGGACCCACAGGCCUUAAAUGAACUUGAGCAAGAGUACAGUGAUGAAGAACCUGACUCUAGCUUCAACUCCCCAAGUGACCCACAACGUUGCAGAUUUAGAGGCCCGUCUCAAAAGACUAAGAGUGACCCUGAGAGACCUGAGAGGCUGGACAACCAUAGCCCUCCACAAACACCCUGUAACCCGAAAGCAUCUCAAGACCAAGCAGCCCUGAAUGCCACAGUGGCUGUUGAGCGUUUGCAGUCCAGGCAGCCGCAGCCAGAGUCAGGCCGAUCGUCCACACUGGUGACUCAGGUGCUAAACUCUGACUCUCCACCUCCAUGCUCAGGCAAGAAGAACAGGGCCUCCAGGUCAUGUAGGGGGCGCUCUGCUGCAUCAGGGCUGGACGGCUCAAGUCUCAGCUCCCUGAACGGGAACCAGAGUAGCCUGGAGCUGCUGCAAAGCAUGCUGGGACAGGUAGAGACAGAGCUGGACUCACUUGACCCUCAAGAGCCCACAUCUGUUCCGGGGCCCCACAGGGCCAACCAGAGUCUUACAGGCUUCUCCGUGGCUCUGGUGUCUACUAUUGGCCGGCUGGCUCGCCACCUCAGACAGAGGGACGAGCAGGCCCAGAAGGAGGCCCAAGAGAGGAGGAGACUAGAGGAGGUGCUGGUGGAUCAGAGAGUGCUCAUUGAUGCCCUGACGUCUGAAAUGCUUAAUCUGAGAGAUGAGAGCGCCGCCCUGCAGGUUGGCGUGCAGCAGCGCAUGACUGAUCUGGAAGAGCGUCUGGACACCGUGGUUCUGGCCCUGGGUGAUCUGGGGCCUUUCGAGGGAGGACCAGAGCCUCAGGUCUCUUAUGUCCCAGUCUCCCAGCCCCCAGUGAAGCCCCCACCUGAGCCUCCAUCCAUCUCCCCCGCAGUGCUGCUCUCGCCCCCCCGGCAGAGGGACAGCCAGGCCUCCUACAACAGAGGAGAAGUGUGUGGUGUGCCGCUGCCGUACGAGGCCUCCUCUGCGUCAGGGAGUCACAGAGGCUCACAGGAGGAACUGGAUCGCUCCUCUUCCUGCUCCUUCGCCAGCGUGCUCUGCCCCACCCCACUGAUGGAACCCUCCCUCGGCCUCCUCCCACCUUCCCAAGAUGUGGUUCAGGCCCAGAUCGCCAAGCUGGCCCAACAGAACGUCCAGAUGCGGGACCAGCUGGAGCAGAGGCGCAUAUCUCCAGCUGGGUCAUACUCCUCCAGAGAACAGACUUCUGGGAGAUCCUCACCAGCCAGCCUGUCAAGGCAGAGAACAGCACCACCAUCUGGGCAUCAGCCACAGGUGCAACAGGUGGUCCAAUGCGGUCAGGCAGCACACCCCAGAGCGACUCAUAUGGAAGAGCGCCUCUUGGAGUUGAGUCGGCAGAGUGCAGCAGCACGCAGUAGACUGCUGGAGCUCAUCGACCAGCAGAGACAGAACACCUCUAUGCAGGCGUCCCCCUGCAUCUCCCCCAUCCCGGUCCACUCUGAUAUCGAAAGUCCUUCCACAGUUACUUCAAGGACCCCAGAGGUGGCCAUGUUGGUGCCUGAGAGGGACUCUUGCUCUCAGUCCAGUGGUGGUAGCAUAAGAUCUGCAGGAGUCUCAGCACAACAUCUCAACGGAGUAGACGGCCAUAGGCAGAGACCUCAGGUGGAGAGGCCAAGGGGAGAUGGCUGGUUUGCACUGUCCGCUCACGUCCAGUAACAGGGCAGAUCACCAUGUACUAGAAGUAGUUACAAUAAUGUGUACUGCAUACAUUACAUGCAUGUAGUAUACAUGUAGAGCUGUGUACUGUCUCUGAAUUUUUAUCUUUUAAUAAUGAAGGGUGUCUGAGCAUCUAGUUCCACAGUUUUUAUUGCAAUGCAGUUGUUUUGUUGUGGUUUGGGUUUUUUUCUUUCUUUUUUUACAUUAAAUGUCAUUUGUACAUCAAUUAAGUUAUUAAAUAUGAGCACACGA